AUGCCUGACAGCAGCAUAAUCCAGCAGAACCUUUCCUCCAACGAGACGCUGCCAGACACCUCAGAGGGACUCCACACUCUUCUCAUAGCCCUGUACCUCAUUGACCUGGCUGGCGGCACCUUGGGGGUCAUCAUGAUGUCCCAUCAGUUGUUUAAAAGGAGAUCACAAUCUGUGAUGACCAUUAUCAUCAUCAACCUCCUGGUGCUGCACACCUUUAUGCUAGUCAGCAUCCCCUUCCGCCUCAGCUAUUACUUUUUACAGGAAUGGAAAUUUGGGAGGUUUGCCUGCAAGCUGGCGAGCGCCAUCAUCUACCUCCACAUGUAUACCACCUUCUCAUUUUAUGUGGCUAUCAUCAUAAUACGCCUCUUCCGACCUGAGUUUAGGAAGUGCUGCACUACAACAUGGGUGGCUGCUGUCUGGCUGGUGGGAGCACUGGUGAUCACACCUGUUUUUCUCUCAUACUAUGGCACCUCAAAGACACACCACCCUUCUGAAUGCUUUCAGUUCCACCGGGACAUCCAAGAGGUGCCCAUGGUGAUCAUUAACUACUGCUUGGUUGGGAUUUUGGUGGCAGUUUGUGCUGUGCUCACCAUAAUCCAGUUGUCUGUGAUCUACAAACUAGCUGUGAAAUAUUGGCCUGACAUCAACUCCCAUGUGGAAUUCAGGGCUCAGGCAAAGAGUUUCUUCUUCAUCUUGGUAACAUUAGUGUGCUUUAUGCCCCAUCAUGUAUUCAGAGUCUAUUACAUCCAAAACUGCCACCUGGAUAAAGACCAUAAACUACUCACAUACAACGAAAUUUUUUUAGCUUUAACAACAAUGUGCUGCUUGGAUAUGCUGUGCUUCAUAGCAGGAAUAGCCCACUGA